CCGGCCCAUGAAUCGCAGGUUCCGCUCCCAUCUUUGUAUUUCCCGCUGUGUGGUGUCGGUGCUGUGUAAGCUGGGUCACUUCCCUGCCGUCCUUCCCAGAGGCUGGGUUUUGCUGAUUGCCCUCCGGCACUGUUUGACGCUUUCCCCUGCCCGCUGUGGUGUUCACUGGUGCACUGCCUUGUCGUCAGAUCCAGGGAAAAGGACUUGGAAGCCAAAUUCAUUAUUCAAAUGGAGAAAAGCAAAACAACAAUCACAAACUUAAAGAUACCGGAAGGAGGGACCGGGGACUCAGGAAGAGAAAGGACCAAGACCUUCACCUAUGACUUCUCUUUUUAUUCUGCUGAUCCUAAAAGUCCAGAUUACGUUUCACAAGAAAUGGUUUUCAAAACCCUCGGUACAGAUGUUGUGAAGUCUGCGUUUGAAGGUUAUAACGCCUGUGUCUUUGCAUACGGACAAACUGGAUCAGGGAAGUCGUACACCAUGAUGGGAGAUUCUGGCGAUUCUGGCUUAAUACCCCGGAUCUGCGAAGGACUUUUCAGUCGGAUAAAUGAAACCACCAGAUGGGAUGAAGCGUCUUUCCGAACCGAAGUCAGCUACUUAGAAAUUUAUAAUGAACGUGUGAGAGAUCUACUUCGCCGGAAGUCAUCCAAAACCUUCAAUUUACGAGUCCGGGAGCAUCCAAAAGAGGGACCUUAUGUUGAGGAUUUGUCCAAACACUUGGUGCAGAAUUACGGUGACGUCGAAGAGCUCAUGGACGCAGGCAACAUCAACCGGACCACCGCCGCCACCGGGAUGAACGACGUCAGCAGCCGGUCUCAUGCCAUCUUCACCAUCAAGUUCACACAGGCGAAGUUUGACUCUGAAAUGCCGUGCGAGACCGUCAGUAAGAUCCACUUAGUGGACCUCGCGGGAAGCGAGCGCGCGGAUGCCACGGGGGCCACUGGGGUCCGCCUCAAGGAGGGGGGGAACAUCAACAAGUCCCUCGUGACCCUGGGGAACGUCAUCUCUGCCUUAGCUGAUAUAUCUCAGGAUGCAUCAAACCCUUUUGUAAAGAAGAAACAAGUUUUUGUGCCUUACAGGGAUUCUGUUUUGACUUGGUUGUUAAAAGACAGCCUUGGAGGAAACUCUAAAACCAUCAUGAUUGCGACCAUUUCACCCGCUGAUGUCAAUUACGGGGAGACCCUCAGCACCCUCCGCUAUGCAAACAGAGCCAAAAACAUCAUCAACAAGCCCACCGUCAACGAGGACCCCAACGUCAGGCUCAUCCGGGAGCUGCGAGCGGAAAUCGCCAGGCUGAAGACGCUGCUUGCUCAGGGCAGUCAGAUUGCCCUCUUAGACUCUCCCACGGCCUUAAGUAUGGAGGAGAAACUUCAGCAGAAUGAAGCAAGAGUUCAAGAAUUGACCAAAGAAUGGACAAACAAGUGGAAUGAAACCCAAAACAUUUUGAAAGAACAGACUCUGGCCCUGAGGAAGGAAGGGAUUGGUGUUGUUCUGGAUUCUGAGCUGCCGCAUUUGAUUGGCAUUGAUGACGACCUUCUGAGCACUGGGAUCAUCUUGUACCACUUGAAGGAAGGUCAGACAUAUGUCGGUAGAGAAGAUGCUUCAACAGAACAAGAUAUUGUUCUUCAUGGCCUCGACUUGGAGAGUGAGCACUGUAUCUUUGAAAAUGUCGGGGGAACGGUGACCCUGAUCCCCCUGAGUGGGUCCCAGUGCUCUGUGAAUGGUGUUCAGAUCAUGGAGGCCACACACCUAAAUCAAGGUGCUGUCAUACUCCUGGGGAGGACCAACAUGUUUCGCUUUAACCAUCCAAAGGAGGCCGCCAAGCUCAGGGAGAAGAGGAAAAGUGGCCUCCUGUCCUCCCUCAGCCUGUCCAUGACCGACCUCUCCAAGUCCUGCGAGAACCUCUCUGCCGUCAUGUUGUACAACCCAGGUCUUUUUCCUGUAAAAGGACCCAUCUGUCUGAGGCUUGAAUUUGAGCGGCAACAGCGUGAAGAACUUGAGAAAUUAGAAAGUAAAAGGAAACUCAUAGAAGAGAUGGAGGAGAAGCAGAAGUCGGAUAAGGCUGCGCUGGAGCGGAUGCAGCAGGAGGUGGAGACGCAGCGCAAGGAGACAGAGCUAGUCCAGCUGCAGAUCCGCCAGCAGGAGGAGAGCCUCAAGCGCCGCAGCUUCCACCUGGAGAGCAAGCUCAAGGAUCUGCUGGCCGAGAAGGAGAAAUUCGAGGAGGAGAGGCUGAGGGAUCAUCAGGAGAGCGAGCUGCAGAAAAAGAAGCAGGAAGAGGAGAGCUUGCUCCGCGUCCAGGAGGAACUCCAGCUGCCCCAGGAGCUGGACAGCCACGAGCGGGCCGAGACGGCCCAGAUGUUUCAGGAGCUGGACCGGCUCAAGAGGGAAAAAGACGACCAGCAUGCCAGGCUGGAGCUGGAGAAGAGGAGGCUGGAGGAGCAGGAGAAGGGGCAGGUCCUGCUGGUGGCGCACCUGGAGGAGCAGCUCCGCGAGAAGCAGGAGGGGCUGCGGCUGCUGCGGCGCGGCGAGGUGCAGCGCGUGGAGGAGGAGCGGGGCGACCUGGCCCGCAUCCGAGAGUCCCUCCUGCAUGUGCGGGAGGCCCCGGCCAAGGGGGACGACGAUGGCGACGACCGGGAGAGGGCGCAGUUGCAGUUCUUUGAGUUCAAGCGGAGGCAGCUGGUCAAGCUGGCCAACCUGGAGCAGGACCUGGCUCAGCAGAAGGACCUCCUGCGAAAGGAGGUCGAGGAGGAAAGGGAAAUCCUGGAGCACUUAAGAUCUGGAAACGAAGGAGAGUUUAGGUCAUGGGAGAAAAGUGACGUGGGCAUCACAGACGUCGCCCAGGCGGCUCAAGGUUUAGAGAACAUAAAGGCGGCCGAGUGCAGGCUGCAGCACAAGGAACGCCAGCUCCAGUGCCUCCUGCAGAGUCAUUUGCCGACGCUGAUAGAGGAAAAGCAGAGAGCCUUGGAGAUCCUUGACGCGGGUCCUCUGGGCCUAGACAACACUCUCUAUCAAGUGGAGAAAGAGAUGGAAGAAAAAGAGGAGCAGCUCGCACGGUACCAGGCCAGCGCCAGCCAGCUGCAGAAGCUCCAGGCCACCUUCGAGUUCACGGCCAACAUAGCCCGGCAGGAGGAGAAGGUGAGGAGGAAGGAGAAGGAGAUCCUGGAGUCCCGGGAGAAGCAGCAGAGGGAGAUCCUGGAGCAGGCCGUGGCCAGGCUGGAGAGGAGGCACUCGGCUCUGCAGAGGCGCGCUGCCCGGGGCCUGGGGACGGACGAGCAGAGGCUGAAGCCGGCCACCCUGCCCGGCAGUGGUGGUGACGAGCAGUCGGGGCUCCAGGCCAGCCCGGGGGCCGAGCAGGAAGCCCUGGAGAAGGACCGGGAGAGGUUAGAGCAGGAAAUCCAGCAGCUGAAGCAGAAGGUCUGCGAGGCUGACGGUGAUCAGAAAGGGCAUCCUGGGACCUCCGAGGGAAAGCCUGCUUCCUCCAGCCUCCCGUCCAGUGCUGCCAAGUCUCACCUGGUCCCUCUGAUGGAUGCCAGGAUCAGUGCUUACAUUGAGGAAGAAGUCCAGAGACGUCUCCAGGACCUGCAUCGCCUGACCGGUGGCAGCAGCAGUCCCCCUGCGGAUACGGGGAGGGAUAAUGAGAAACUUCACAAUGGCACCAUUCAACGUAAGCUAAAAUAUGAGAAAAGCUCUCUUGCCCCGUUACUGCCCGAAGAUGUCUUGGAUGCUCCUGGCCGAGAGGAGAGGAGGGAGGUGGACCAGAACCACCGCCAGAGCCGUCCCGCAACCCAGAGCAUCUCCGGCCCCACCUCCCCUUCCUGGGCGCCAGGUGGGGGAACCCACCCGCGUGGGUCUCAGCCUGCAGCACACGAGCCGUUGCACAACAGCGACUGCGAAUACAGUUGUCCUGAGUGUGAGCCGGGUGGUUUUCAACCACAACAUUCUGAUCUACCUAAACUCUCUUUUCUUAAUGAAAGCAGCACCAGCGUCACAGAACAUUCUCAGGGUAAGUCCGAAAACGUCUGUGAGCUGACGACUCACAGAGGUGAGCACAGCCCAGAGAUCACGUCCAGCUGGACUUUGCUGCAGCGCACGUUCCGGGAAGUGUCCGUAGGGAGCGAGGGCCAGCAGACCUGGCAGCAUCGGCUCCUCUGCCUCGUCGUCUCUGAAAGCGCUUCUGGCGACAGCAUUCCUCCAAGGGCAGCAGCUGCGAAGCUCUGUCGGGAGCAGGAAGGCGAGGAAGAGUCAGCAGCUGCAGCAGUCCGCUCUCCGGGGUCACCGAGGACCCUCAGGACAGAGGGAAACAGUGGGCUGGGGUAUUUUUACCACCGGUUCUCAGACCUUUAUAAAGACACCAGCAGUCACCUGUGGCAGGCGGGCACGAGGGUGAUCAGCCACGCCAGGCAAGUGGGGAGCCUGUGUGACCCCAGCAGCCUCACCACCCACGUAGCAGCAUUUGUUAGCAGGCUGCCGAUCCUGAAACUCCUACCCCUGGACACGCUCCUGGAGUCACGUGGGGCAUCAUCUGAAGCUCACUCUCCUCCCGAAGCAGCUCAGGGUGGCGGCAGCAGCGGAGAGGUGGGGGCUGUUGGGCCGGCAGGGAGCACAGUGCCUUACAGAGCACCAGCCCUGCCUCCUGCCCCCACAGCUGCCAUGUUGCCAGACUCCUCGCCAGGCUCCGUUUGCUGCCUCGAACGUGGAGAUGCUGGAAGGGGCUCUGUGUUUAAGCAGACCCUCGUGCGAUUCCCAGACCAGAUGCUGAAACUUCAAGAGUGCCCUUUAAAAGACUUCUUGGAGCUCAUAGCUGCCUCCCUGCCAGAACUUGUAGGCGACAUUCAUGAGGUCCAAGGUGUGUACUGGCUUGCGGUGGCGAACUGCGCGGAGCCCACCCCUCGGCCGGCGUGUCUGCUCCUGCUCCACUCAGCUCUGUAUGCGCUGGUUCCGUCCGGGCAUCACCCGGGCUCUGUGGGCAUUUUUCAUGCUCUGCCGCUCUCUGGGCUGCAGGAGAUUCACGUCGGCUUUGGUGGGCAGAGCAUUCGGCUCCUGGGCUGUGCAGAGAGUCUCCUGCUCACCGUCUUUAGUUACAACAAAAACCUCUGUCAACAGAUAUGCCGAGACCUCCUGCGGGUCCUGACGUCCGAGGCUGAGGCCACUGCCUGUACUCUCCAUCCUUUGUUCCAACAAGAUCUGGUCCAGCUCUCUCUCGACUGGAGGGCAGACGUCCCUGAUUUAGUCUUGGCCAGCGGCGUUCGGUGGUCAUCCAAAUUCCAGAAUACUUCGGUGGACCUGAUUUACUUUCUUCACAGAAAUCUGGAAGGCAGCGCCCCCUCCCUGGCAGAGGUUCAGCUGUUGCUCUACACGACGGUCAGAGUCGAGGGUGACGCCGGCCAAGGCCACUGCCAGUCGCUAGUCCUUCUGAACACCCACGUUGCCCUGGUGAGGGAGGACCGCGUGUUCUACCCCCACACCCGCGCGCUCAGCACGCCGCCUCCAGGGCCGCGAUUCGAUGUGACCCGGUGCCGGGCUCUAAGUGAGUUCAGGUGUGUUGUCGUUCCGGAGACCAAAACACCACCAACGGUGGAACUUGUCUUCUUGCAAAAACUCCGACUUGCGGCAGAUUCAAGACGCGGUCCUGCGGAGCCCCCUCGAGGAGCCCAGCACGUCCAGAUGUCCUCCAGCACCUUGUGUCCGGAGGGUGGUCGGAGUGUGGCCCCUGAGGUCUGGAAACUGACCCUCAACUCUCACGAUGAGGCUCUGUGGCUGAUCUCACACUUGACAAGGCUCUAGGGCGCAGGCGUGUAAGAAUGGGCUGCAUGUCUUUCGAAAUUGUUCAUAAAAGUAAACAUGAUGAAAACAGUCCAGGACAAGGGGUAGCUUCUCCGUGUAGCUAGCUGACUUGAAACUGGAAAAAUGCAGACCUCUAUAAACUGAAAAUGUAAAUAUUUAAAGUAGCAACAGUAAAAUAAAAGAGGUGAUCGCA